AUGGAGUCCGGUAAAGAGCCCACAGGACCUGCUGCUGCUGGGGCUCCGGGGACAAAACGGCCUUCCACCGCACCUGCCGCAGCACAAGACUCAGGAGGGGGGAACUCGUUUUUGCCAGGAGCAGCUCCUGGCAGUGCGUCUGGUGGACCUGCUGCUGCUGCGCCUGCUGCUGCUGCACCAACAGGUAGAGAGCAGGAAGCGCCUCGGGCUGCUGCCUCGGCGCCAGGCGCGGGAGGCCGUCGGCGCUUGCUAGACAGCGAUGACGAGUCCCCUUUAAGACCCCGAGGAAAGAAAAACAAAUUCGUGUCCGACAGCUCGGAUGAAGAUGUCGUCUUCGGCAAAAUGCACAUUGCUCCACCCCGCACGAAGUCAGAGACGGCGGCUCCGAAGGCAGCAGCAGUAGCAGCAGCAGCACCCGCGCAGCAGAAGCAGCAGCAAAACGGGACCAGCAAAGGAGCAGCGCCAGCAAAGCAGAAAGCCCCAGCGAAAAGCCGACGGCGUAGCGGGGGCAACAGCAGCAGCGGCAGUGGGAGCAGUAGCGGGAGCAGUAGCGGGAGCGGGAGCAGCGGCAGCGACAGCGGCAGCAGCAGCGGCAGCAGCAGCAGUAGCAGCAGCAGCAGCAGUGAGAGCAGCAGCAGCGAGAGUAGCAGCGGAGAAGAGUCAGACGCGCCAUGCAGGAGCCGCGCCAAGUCAAGGAGGUCGCCGAACAAGAAAAAACAAAUGGCGAAAGCCAAAUCAACCGGUCAGCGACGAGUGAAAGCCGAAGGGGGUAAGCCUCGGGGUGUACGUCCAACUCCUGUCUGCAAGAAAACAGGAGAGGCAGCAGACAGCGAUGAUGAAGGCGACGAACAAGAAAUCAGCAUGGGUACAUUCGACCCCAAAAAGAGGAGCCUCAAGGACAGACUCGUCGCACAGUUCCUCCGAAGGCAAGACGACAUCGCCGCUGCCUUUCACCAUCGAUUGCCACCUUGUUGUAUUCUUUAUCUGCCCUUUCCGCCGCCGUUCGUCGCCGGCUGGUGGUGGUACGCGUGGCCGCAGUGGCCGCCUGCGGACUUCGACUACUCCAGGGAGUUGGAGAAGAGGAAGCUGAAGUGGGUUGCUCUAGAAGAAUAUGAAGAUCUUGACGAUGUCGACAAGGACGGAUAUACCAAAGUUUACCAAAUUUCAGCCUUCCCAGGCGUGUUUCGGGACCCUAACGGCAACGCCAUAGACCUGCGCCCUGAAGAAGGUCGCCCCAGCUACAGAAACGCACGACAGCUGUCGGAGUUGGAGUUGUUGCAGUUAAUAGCCAAGGCAAUAAGGGGCCAAAUGGAGGCCCUGAAGAAGUCUCCCUUUGAUGAGACGGCCCUUCAACGGGCUCUCCAGCAAGAGUUGGAAGAGGUGGAAUCGGAAUACAAACAAAUGCAGAGGCGGACAGAUGCUGCCAAGGGCCGAGCCUAA